AUGAAGCGUGAGUCCGAGGUUGGCGACGGCUCCGCUGCCAAUCGUGAGCAGCUUCUGAACGUCAUCAUACCCAUUGGUGGCGUGGGCUCCCGGUUCGCCAAACACGGUUAUCGCUACCCGAAGCCCCUGAUUAACAUUGUCGGCCGUCCGAUGCUGCUCUGGCUUCUGGACAGUUUAAGCCUGAAGACUGGCGACACUGUGUGGAUAGCGAUCAAUGAAGAUAUCGACGAUGAGUUUCAUGUUGGCCAGCUUACCAAGGGGGCUAGCGAAACGCUCUACAUUGUUAGCCAGUCCAUGACCAAAGAGCAUCUACACCGCAAGACCGUAUCGUUAGACUGCGAUACCAUCUACUGGACCGACAUCCUGGCCAAAGUCCGCGAGACGGGGCCUGGCCAUGGCGCCUGCUUCUACUUUCCUGACGACGGCGACAAGCCCGUCUUUUCCUACCUCAAAACCGAACCAAGUGCCCAGGAGCUCAAGUCACGGGCCGCCGAGGUUCUCGAUAUAAAGCAUUCUGUAGGCCAAGACAUCGGCGAAUACUACAUCUCUCAACUCAUCUCCCACAUGAUCGAGAUCGGGGUCCCUUUCACUGCAGUAGCUGUGAGUCGACAAGACAUCAGCUGUGUGGGAACGCCAAAGCAGCUGCACGACUUUCUCAGGACCGUCAAGAGUGGCAAAUGCAGUGUGCCUAUUGCUCGCCAAACCCGCCGUUUCUGUUUCGACCUCGACAUGACCCUUGUCGGCGUGCCGACCGUCCCUGGCGACUAUUCUACAUGUCCCCCGAUUCCGAGAAACAUUCGACUGGUACAGGAACUGUUUAAAGCUGGUCACCAUAUCAUCAUCCAAACCGCGAGACGCAUGCGAACCCAUCACGGAAACGUUGGUUCGGUCAUCGCAGAUGUCGGGCCGGUUACGUUCGCCCAACUUGCCCAGUACGGCAUUCCCUUUCACGAAAUCAAUUUCGGGAAGCCUUUUGCGCACGUUUACGUCGACGACUUGGCCGUCAAUUCCAACCUCGACACCAUGCGGGAAGUCGGUUGGCUCCUUGACGAUCCAGAAUCUCUUGCCAUGGUAGAGCCAGAGGCUGCAGAGGACCAAAGGCUCAAGAAGACCAUGAUAGCGGCACGCGACUUCAACACGAUCCAAGUCGUCGAUGAAAAGGUCAUCAAGUCUAGCAAGUCGGACAACAUCAUUGGCGAAGUGUACUUUUAUUCGCACAUGCCCCCAGAGGUUGUCCACCAUUUCCCAUCCAUUUACAAUGUCGACUUUCUUCCCGACACAGGCACCUAUACCAUAACCAUGGAAAGCCGCAGGGGGCUGACCUUUUCACACCUUCUUGUCGGCCGCUCCAUCACUAAAGGCCGCCUUGGCUCGUUUUUACGGGCUCUCCAUUCGAUUCACUCAAGACCGCGUACAGACCAGCCAAGUCUCCCGAUCACUGCAGCACUGCAGGAAAAGCUCACGAGCCAACAUGCCGUCAGUGCUUCUCAGCCCUUGAAUAUUUACGCAAACUACGGAUCUAAGCUUCGCAGUCGAUAUGUUCGCUACCGAGAGCGAUACGACGCAUUAGGGCUCUUGGCUGCCUCCAUCUUCAGCCGCCUCAACGACUUCUUGGACGUGUACGAGGCAGAGGAAAGAGGUGUCUAUACCCAAAUCAUUCAUGGAGACCCCGUCUUUAGCAACGCCAUUCUUUCCAAUGAUGAGCAAACCGUCAGCUUCAUCGACGUUCGUUGUCAGCUGGGGAGCAAGCUCACGUCGGAGGGAGACGUCAACUACGAUCUCGCCAAGGUCCUACAGUCCCUCUGCGGCUAUGAUCAUGUCAUCUUUCUGAGUGAAGAUGCUCGACAACUCGCUCAACUCUUGGCCGAGGACAAGCCGCUCUUAAGUGAGGCCGACGUAGACCUGUUAGGGGACCUCCAGGAAUACUACUUUGCUUUCCUCAAAAACAACUACUCGGCUUGUGCGCCCCGCAAAACGCUCUUCGGCAUCACGGCAUCUCUACUAUUUAGUCUUAUUCCUUUACAUAGACUCGAGCUGGGUCAUGUUUUCCUAAAACUAUGCGAGGAGACCCUGAGAAAAGCAGAGGCUAUUUCAAGUUGGUAG